UGUGGUGUGGCCCCAUUGAACAAGCCAAGCUGCAGCACCUUUUUUUCUGCCUUGUCUGACCCCCUGGCGCGGUGCUCCGUAAGAUGCGAGACAUGACAUGAGAAAGAUGACAGGAAAAAAACGAGGAUGCUCUGAACAUCAUCGGCCGGUACUGUCUAGCUGGAACGGCUGCCCCACGUCGCCGUCGCCGCUAGGGUGGCUCCGCCACUAAAUCACCCCAUGUGAGAAUCCAGCCAGAAUGCGUACAACUUGUAGCCUGCACAAAGUAAACGUCCUUAUCUCCAUGGCCACACACAGAAGCUGCUGUUUAGCAUAAACAGGAAACUGGAUACAGAAACCCGUCACAGAUCUGGUCAUAAAGUUCUUAAGAGUCUGAGAUCGAACACAGGUGCAAGCACAUAUGGCUGGGCUAAUUGCAUCUGGAAUCGUCAAGUGGACUGCAAGCAGGCUGUCCUCUCUAGUUUCUGCACCAAUUUGGACAGCACCCUCCGACUCGGAUGAAGGGCAAUCAGCUCUUGAGGACCUCCGGGAGCUGCGAAGGUCAAUGACAAGGAUCCAGAGGACGCUCGAUGAAUCAGCUGAGGGCAGCAUCAGAGGUGAAGCAGAGAGGCUGCGCCUAAGAGAGCUGCAGCAGUUUGUCUAUGAUGCGCAGGAUGCCGUUGACCAGUACAAAUAUGAGCUGCUGCGGCGAAGGAUGGAAGAUCAAGACAGGCAAGGUGAUGGAAGCAACCGAAGUAGUCGCAAACGCAAGGGCGAAAAGAAGGAACCAGAAGCAGACCCUAUUCCUGUUCCUGUUCCUGAUGAGUUAGCGACAAGGGUUAAAAAGAUUCUAGAGAGGUUCAAUGAAAUAACAAGGGCAUGGAAUGACCUCCAGAUGGAUGAGAGUGAUGCGCCCAUGCUAGAAGAUGACAAUGAAUUGUUGCCUCUGCCGACCAACCCACAUGCAGAUGAACUAAACAUUGUUGGCAGAGAAGAAGACAAGGAAAGCGUCAUCAAAAUGUUAACAGCAGGUGUCAAUGCUGAUGCAGGGACGCUUUCCGUCCUCCCUGUUAUUGGUAUGGGAGGAGUAGGCAAGACAACACUUGCUCAACUAGUGUACAAUGAUCGAAGGAUCUGUAAAUACUUCGACAUCAAGGGCUGGGUACAUGUAUCUCCUGAGUUUAAUGUCAAGAACUUGGCAAGUAAGAUCCUCAUGUCAUUUUCAAGAAGACAAUGUGAGGCAAUGGAAAUGGAUGAUCUCCAAGAUGCACUGACGGAGCAAGUUGAGGGCAUGAAAUUCUUGCUUGUUCUUGAUGAUGUGUGGAAUGAGGACAGGGACCUUUGGAAUGCUUUACUGUCUCCUAUGCUAAGUGCUCAACUGGGAAUGAUCCUACUAACCACCCGUAACGAAUCUGUUUCAAGAACUUUCCAAACCAUGCCUCCCUACCAUAUAAGCUUCUUAUCUGUUGAUAAAUCAUGGAUCUUGUUUAAGCAACUGGCCUUUGCCCUCAAUGUUCAAGAUAUCCAUGGUGAUUUUGAAGAAAUUGGCAAGAAGAUUGUGGAAAAGUGUGGAGGGUUGCCAUUGGCAAUAAAAGCAAUUGCAAGUGCUCUUCGCUUUGAGCCUACCAUGGAGAGAUGGAAGGAGGUACUGAAUAGUGAACAGUGGGAGCUACCAGGAAGUGAAGACCAUGUCCUGCCAGCUCUGAGGUUGAGCUACGAUCGGAUGCCGAAGCACCUUAGACGGUGUUUCAUUUUCCUCACCUUGCUUCCAAGAAGGUACCUUUUCUUGAAAGAUAAUGUCAUAAAUCUUUGGAUGUCACUGGAUAUCCUCAAACAAGGUAGUCGCAGACGGGUUGAAAAUAUUGGUAGCUUAUACUUUGAUGAUCUGAUGCAAAGAACUAUGAUACAGCAGACCAAAUCUGAUGAUGAAUUGGAUUGCUUCAUGAUGCAUGAUCUUGUCCAUGACCUGCUACAGUUCGUUGCAGGUGAAGAUUUCCUGAAAAUAAACAUCCAGCAUUUCCAUGAAGUAGACCAAGGUUAUCGGUAUUUAUCUUUAGUUGUUAGUUCUUCUGAUAUAAAUGUAAUGUUGCAAUCUGCUAAGAUUCCAGAAGGCCUCAGAGUACUUCAAGUUAUCAACUCAACAGACAAUUCAAAAUGCUAUUCCAAGUUGUUCUCCUUUAAUAUCAAUGUGAUAAUUCCUGACCGACUAUGGCAAAGUUUCCAGCAACUGCGAGUUUUAGAUUUCAGUCACACUGGAUUGAAGACCUUGCCAGAUUCAAUUGGAGACUUAAAACUUUUAAGAUACCUUUCUCUAUUCAAGACAGAAGUCACAAGUAUUCCUGAUUCUAUUGAAAAUCUGCACAAUCUUAAGGUCUUGGAUGCAAGAACCUACAGCCUAACUGAGAUUCCCCAAGGAAUCAAGAAAUUAGUCAGUCUCCGCCAUCUCCAAUUAGAUGAGCGGUCCCCGUUAUGCAUGCCAAGUGGGGUUGGACAACUGAAGAAAUUGCAGUCCUUGUCAAGGUUCAGCAUUGGAAGUGGGAGCUGGCAUUGCAACAUUGCAGAGCUACAUGGCCUUGUCAACAUACGUCCAGAGCUGUCUAUUACUGGAUUAAGGAGAGUAAGCAGUGUAGAUGAUGCACAAACUGCUAAUCUGGUCAGUAAACAACACUUGCUAAAGUUAACAUUGGAUUGGGCCGAUGGAUCAUUACCUAGUAGAUGCAGACAUCAUUCCGGAGUUCAAUGUGACAUUGUACGUACACCCGAGUUUGAGGAGGCAAUUUUUGAGAGCCUUCGGCCGCAUAGCAAUCUGAAGGAGUUGGAGGUAGCCAACUAUGGUGGCUACAGAUAUCCAGAAUGGUUAGGGCUUUCUAGCUUCACCCAACUGACUCGAAUAACUCUGUAUGAGCAAAGUUCUGAAUUUCUUCCUACACUGGGUAAAUUGCCUCACCUCCUUGAGCUCUCUGUGCAAUGGAUGAGAGGCGUUCGGCACAUUUCAAAGGAAUUCUGUGGGCAAGGUGAUACAAAAGGCUUCCCUUCAUUGAAGGAUCUAGAGUUUGAGAACAUGCCAACUUGGGUGGAAUGGUCCGGAGUAGAUGAUGGGGACUUCUCUUGCCUCCACGAACUCAGAAUCAAGGAAUGCUUUGAGUUGAGGCAUCUUCCACGUCCAUUGUCUGCAUCCUUGUCAAAAUUAGUGAUCAAGAACUGCGAUAAGUUAGUCAGGCUGCCACAUCUUCCAAACCUUUCUAGUUUGGUCUUAAAGGGAAAACUUAACGAAGAGUUAUUUUCUGACCUGAACUUGCCAUUGCUGCGAGCGUUGAAGGUGUCUCUUUCUCACAACAUAGAGUACGUCAUUCUUAGCCAGAACCUGCCACUGCUAGAGAUCCUUGUGGUUCGUGCAUGCCAUAAGCUGCAGGAACUAGUGGGCCUUAGCAACUUGCAAUCUCUCAAGCUGCUAAACAUAAUAGCGUGCCGGAAACUGCAUCUCCCUUUUGACCAGACUCUUCCCCAACAGCUCGAGCGGCUUACAAUCUUGAAAUGUCCGCAGCUACAGGACUGGUUGGAGUUCCAAAAUGCGCAACUCUAUGAUCAGCAGCUACUGCCUGACCAUGAAAGUGAUGAAGACCGAGAAGCUCUUGAAAUGCUGUGGGAUGAAACAGACGAUGAAGUUGAAGAAGAGUUCUUAGAUAUACCCGAGAAUGAUGAUGACCAGGAGGAUUAGAGAAACUAAAUAGACAUAGAAAUUACUGCUUCGCUACAGAAAAUGCAGAUGGCUGUAAACAUUUGAUUAUGUCAUUUAGCACCCUGUGUGUUGAUACUUUUCAGGACAAAAAUCUUUGAUGUCCACCAGUUAGAAACAACACAUUAUCACUCAACAAACUUGGAACA